CCAGCGCGUGCGGUACCGUAAAAGCUUUGAAUCAACACCGGUAGGUGUUGAAGGUUGCACUGCCUCUAGGGUGUCAAUCCAUGUUCACUAGUUUCAACAGGAACUGGCGGCCUGCUCCGAACGUCUGGCCCUGGGUACCGGUAUUCACAGAAUGCUGUGCAGGCUACAGUACAGGAUGCUCGGAUAGCUAGGCAGGCACUCUCCAUACGUCUGCCACUGGUUGAGCUGAGGACUGCUCGUUUCUUUUGCGACAUGGCGCUCUCCAAGGCUGCCUUUUCCUCGAAAUUGAGAGCUCCUGUAAUCGUGCAGACCGCUUCCAGUUCGUUGGAAAAACGGUGUUCUGCCACAGCACAUGUGCCGCUGUGCAAAGCUUUUGUGCCGGAAUCCUCUGUCUUAACAAAGGCAACAUACAAUGCUGGUCAGCCUUGGUCCGAUAUAUUUGAGGUUGAGUGUCACACACUUUUUUGUCGAGGGAGGAGAAAUAGAAAGAGUGGUAGAGGAGGGGCUGGCAGCAUGGAAGCAGGGGGAGGCAGUUCCAAUAGUGGCAAAGAAGGUCGGGAGAGACGGCGGCGCGAAGGCAUCAAAAGAGUGGUGUUGAAGCGAGGAGAAGCAUCGGAUGCUGCAGGAAGUGAAGAACCAAGGCUGGGGACCGCUGAGAACCCAGAGAUCUUGGAGGAGCCGAUGAGCACGGUGGAGAAGCGGCUGCGAGAGCAGCUGGAAGCCCUGGGGGGGGAGGAGUUUCGGCAGCGGCGCACCGUGAGCUGGCGUGAUGAGGACCAGCCGGAGAGGAACGUGGGUGAGUAUCGAGUCCCAAGCCGACAGGACUUGAAGGACGGGGACGAGUACAUGUACACACAGACGGAGUUCAAGGAAGGGGAGUUUCCACAAUGGGCACAAGCAUAUCGGGACGCAGCUAAGAAUGACGACGAAAUUGCGAAGUUACUCGAUGGCGCGCUCGAUGACCCAAAAGAGAUGCAGGCCAGGAUGGAGGAGCGGCUAUCAAAGAACAAGUCCGAAAUAUUGCAAGAGAAGACAGGAGCUGCGGAGCCACCGCAGAUUGUCUUCAAAAAUUUUGAUCCGUUUGAUUUGAAUAUCUGGAUACAAUUGUACAAGCAGCCCUCCGACGACGACGCCGACCUUCUCGCAGGGAUCCUCCGAUCGUGGUACAUGCUUGGCAAGAUCGGCGCUUAUAACUCUGCCAACCUUCAGGUGUCCGACCGCGAGGAGCUGCUGGACCUCCAGAAGGACGAGAAGAACCAGGCCAGCGCCAUCCGGUACGACACGCGGCCCGCACCGGGGGAGAGCAAGGUCAUGCUCAAGACGUAUCUGCACAACAUCGGGGACCUCGAGUUCCAGAACGAGUGGGGAAAGCUCUGGAUCGAUCUGGGCACGUCGGACGCCCUAGCCCUGGACGUUCUGCUCAACGCGCUCUUGAAGUUUAGUGAUGAUUACGUGGGCAUUAAGCAGAUUAUAUUUGGUGGUCAACUAGAAACAUGGGACGGUAUGAUGGACAAAGAAGACAAAGAAUACAUGAAGAUUGUAAUCUAGAAGAAUACCCUCAGAUCGGAUCACGGUCACCUUUUCGUUAAUAUCUGGAUGCAUGAAUGAUGGUCACUUCCAUAUCAACGAAAUCCUGGCA